AGGCAGUGCAGGAGGCGGGGCGGCGGGUCGCCGGCGGAUGACGCGCAGGCCGAGCCGCUACUUCCUGGAGCCGCCGGCCGGGGCCGCUACCGCACCCUGCGUUGGAGCCGGGAGUCCGCGGCCGCCACCAUGUCCCACCAGACCGGCAUCCAAGCAAAUGAAGGUGUUAAAGACAUCUUUGCCAAAGCCAGAAAUGGAAAAUACAGACUUCUGAAAAUAUCUAUUGAAAAUGAGCAGCUUGUGGUCGGAUCAUGUAGUCAGCCUUCAGACUCCUGGGAGCAGGAUUACGAUUCUUUUGUUUUGCCUCUACUGGAGGACAAGCAGCCUUGCUAUGUAUUAUUCAGGUUAGACUCUCAGAAUGCCCAGGGAUAUGAAUGGAUAUUCAUUGCAUGGUCUCCAGAUCAUUCUCCUGUUCGUCAAAAAAUGCUGUACGCAGCCACAAGAGCGACUCUGAAGAAGGAGUUUGGAGGUGGCCACAUUAAAGACGAAGUGUUUGGAACAGUAAAGGAAGAUGUAUCAUUACUCGGGUAUAAAAAAUACUUGCUAUCUCAGUCUUCCCCUGCCCCACUGACUGCAGCUGAGGAAGAAUUACGACAGAUUAAAAUUAAUGAGGUACAGACUGACGUGGGUGUGGACACUAAGCAUCAGACACUACAAGGAGUAGCAUUUCCUAUUUCUCAAGAUGCUUUCCAGGCUUUGGAAAAACUGAGUAAGAAACGGCUCAACUACGUGCAGUUGGAAAUAGAUAUAAAAAAUGAAGUAAUAAUUUUGGCCAACACAACAAAUACAGAACUCAAAGAUUUGCCAAAGAGGAUUCCCAAGGAUUCAGCACGUUACCAUUUCUUCUUGUAUAAACACUCCCAUGAAGGAGACUACUUAGAGUCCGUAGUUUUCAUUUAUUCAAUGCCUGGGUACACAUGCAGUAUAAGAGAACGGAUGCUGUAUUCGAGUUGCAAGAGCCCUCUGCUAGAAAUUGUAGAAAGACAAUUACAGAUGAACAUAAUCAGAAAGAUUGAGAUAGACAAUGGGGAUGAAUUGACUGCAGACUUCCUUUAUGAGGAAGUGCAUCCCAAGCAGCAUGCACAUAAGCAAAGUUUUGCAAAACCAAAAGGUCCUGCAGGAAAAAGAGGAAUUCGAAGACUCAUUAGGGGUCCCGCUGAAGCAGAAGCUACUACUGACUAAAAUAAACGAUGGCAUAGUAAAUGUUGCAAUAUAGUUUUGUAAAACUCCAGCUUUUAGUACAAGAGAACUGAAAUCAUUCCAUGUUGAUACAUAGUUGGGAGGAAAAUUGUACUUUUUGAAAAACGGCACUUUUCACUUCAGUGUAUUUUUAAAAUCAAUGCUAUAGAAGAUUCAUGAUUUCUAUUUCUGCUUAAAGCUAGGCAAGGUUUCAACAUAAGUAAUGUUUAGUUACUUAUGUCACACUGUUUUCAUAGUGUGUUGAUUCCACACUUUCACAUAAUUCUUAAAAAUUUUCUAUAGGUGGGCUGGUUCCGGGAAGUCUAAUGUCUUAAAGUAGAACAUUUUCUUAGUACUCUUUAGUGAGGCAUCUGGAUUUUUUUAAAAGGGAAGUGGAAAAUUCUUAAAAUAUUCACACAGCUUGAUGAAAUGUUAAGGACCAGGUUAGAUUCCUUUCUAAGCCGAGAGUAUGGUGUGCCUGGGCAAAGGUGGGAAGUUGCCUACUCUGAGAGCUGUUCUGUUGGGCUGGGGUCUUAUCUGCGACUUUGUGAAACUGCUUUAUGGCAGCAGUGUCUUCUGUCUGACCUUUUGUUUUGUAAUGGCAUUAAAAUUUCAGAAAAAUCAGGCCACUCUGAAACCUUCAAGGUACCAGAUGCUGCGGGAUUUCUGACCGCACUGAAAGACUCAAGUUUAGCCUUUGGUAUAGUCUCUUUCCAGUGCUUUAAAAGAUAUAUAUUUCCAAAGUAAAUUAUUUCAUUGUAAGUGCUGUGAAGCCAAAUAUUCAUAAUUUCAAUAUCAUUUAAAAGGAGACAGAACUAAAGUAAAAAAUGUUAAGUUUUAAAGUUUUUCUUCCCCAAAACUACAUGUCUAUAAGCAAACCACCUUCAUUACUGUGGAGCAAGAGUUCAGGUUUACGAUUAUUCUCCGUUCCUACUUGCUAACACAGGUAAACACUUCGCUUAAGGAUCUUAUUUCAACAAGUAACUUCUUUCAGAACACAUUUAAAUGUUUUCAGAAGCUUUAUAUUUUCAGUUACAACCUAGAAAUUUUUGAGCCUCAGAUUUCUUUGAUACUUGAAAUAGUGAGAGCUAGAACACUUUGUGUUUAAUCUGUAGAAGCUGCUGCAGAGCCGUAACUGGGUGUCCAGGGUUUGGAAUUCCUUGAGCUAAACUUCAUGCUGCAUGAAACAAAUGUCAGAAAUGCACAUUUCAUGGUGUGAAAUGAGAAGCACUCAUUGCUAGGCCUCAUGGAAGAUAAUACAUGCACCUUUCAGAAACUCGGUGUGUUCCCAUGAACCAUGUGAGAGGAAUUAUGAGUUGACAGAUUUUUAAAAAAUAGAGUUGAGUAUUUGUGUGUUUUGUUUGUUUACGAAUAAUUAGACUAUACUAUUUAAAUAUGCAAAAUAGUUGAGAGUACUAUUGCACUUGUUUACUAAGGUACACUUAAAGUUGUCCCAUGGGUGCACAGUGGAUACAUCCCCACAGGUUUCUGCAUUAAAAAACCCUGAAGCUGUGCUGCAGACAUGACGGACGCUGUCAUUCUCAAGCAGAGGGACUGUUACCUGUCAUGGUGGUACACACAUGUCAGUGGAUGUUCUGUAC